AAUAGAUGUUAGGAAGAAUGCGUUGGCGGAUGUGCAUGUCGGCGGAAGGGUUUCAUUUGAGCGCCGCCGAGUGAGUAAUGCGGUAGCCACUGGUGCAGGAGGAAGGACCCCGGUUCUACUCUUUAGUGUCUUUCAGUUUCGCCUUAAAAAAUUUAUAUCGGCCCGGUCUGUCGCACCUGGAAGGGGAGCGGUGACUUUAAUGUGAGAUUAGACCCGUUGUUUGUGUUUAGUGGGGGAAGCAUCGACCAGCGGUAAUAGAAAGUAAACCGCCAUUUUAAUCGAGUAAAACACACGUUUUUCCAGUGACAGCGGCACAAGCACAACAAUGGCUCUGAAAAGAAUUCACAAGGAGUUGAAUGAUUUGGCACGCGAUCCUCCAGCUCAGUGCUCAGCGGGACCUGUUGGAGACGACAUGUUUCACUGGCAGGCUACAAUAAUGGGACCAAAUGACAGUCCUUACCAGGGUGGCGUGUUCUUCUUGACCAUUCACUUCCCCACAGACUACCCCUUCAAACCGCCAAAGGUUGCAUUUACCACAAGAAUCUACCACCCAAACAUCAACAGUAACGGCAGCAUCUGCCUGGACAUCCUCCGGUCGCAGUGGUCCCCAGCUCUCACCAUCUCCAAAGUUCUCCUGUCGAUCUGCUCACUGCUAUGUGACCCGAACCCUGAUGACCCGUUAGUGCCUGAGAUCGCCCGCAUCUACAAGACAGACAGGGAAAAGUACAACAGAAUAGCUCGGGAAUGGACACAAAAGUAUGCGAUGUAGUUGUGGAGCGGAAUCAUGGAGAAUGCCUCUACAUCUUAAGGCUAGGGGAGCUUUGACAGAAAAGAAAAAGAAAAAAAAAACAAAUCUCGUUGGUUUCCAUUGGAGUGCUUUAUUUGAGCCACGCCUCCCCUCCCUUCUGCACCUAUUCUCUGCCCUCGCCCGGCUGCCAUGUUGUACAUAUUUCAAACUGCAAUUGUAGACCUCCUUUUGCCCCCCCCCCCUUCCCCCGUCUCUGCUUUCUCUCUCUGUCACAGGAUGCGGCCGGGUAGGGCCAGUCCGCAGUCAUGAUGUUUUAUGAUUCUAAAAGCAUUCCUUGCCCUUUUUAAGAACCGGGGUAGUAGGCUGAGACUGAGGGAUUUUGCUAUUCUCCCUUCCCCCCUGCCCCAUAUUUGUUUCCUGUUCUUCCAACUGUACUGUGAGUCAGGGGCAAAGUGUUUUUUUCUGUGUGUGUAAAAAUCUCUAAGGAAUUCUUUUAAACUCAUAAUAGGUUAUGAAUGGAAAUGCAAGGCCCCUCAACCUAUCUCCAUUCAGCUGGAUCAUUCUCAAGCACUCAAGUUUUUUUUUUUUUUUGUUUUGUUUUCCAGUGUCAUGUGACCAAGCCCCUCCCCUUCACACACACCCAUUACAGUUACAAUCUGCAGGUUUUGGACCAUUUAUUUAAACAAGUUAUUAGUUUAACAAGUGUUUUAUCCCCCCCCCUCCCCCCUUUAACUUUAGGUUGCAUUCGGCUAUUAUUGAAUUAGAAGCUAACCGCUCAAGUCAUACACAUGCACUCUGGGUGCGAGGGUGCAAAUUCCUGACAGAUGACUUCUGUAUAUUUAAUUACCGGACAGCUCAUGGAGCUGGUGUGUUGAUUAAACUGUGUAAUAAAAUGAUUACUAAAGUCUGAACUUUGAAUUCAAGCAUCACUGAGGGUAUUUGUUGAAAAAAAAGGCUUUGUGGAAAGAAUUGAUUUGAUGUUUAGUAGUCUUUUGUAAAAAAAAAAAGGAACCAUGUUAAUCUUUUUCCACGUUAUGUGCAGAUUUGCGUCUUAUCGCAUACAGAAAUGACCAUGAAUAGUUCAAUUAAAAUAAAGAAACGAA